CGGGAACCACGUGGGUUAGGGGCGGGUUUCCGGUGCCGGCGACAGGAGGCGGAGUGGAAGUUCUAGCAGCUGGAGGGGACCAUGGCCAACAGUGAGCGCACCUUCAUCGCCAUCAAGCCUGAUGGGGUCCAGCGCCAGCUUGUGGGAGAGAUCAUCAAGCGUUUUGAGCAGAAGGGGUUCCGCCUUGUUGCUAUGAAAUUCAUACAGGCUUCUGAAGACCUUCUCAAGGAACACUACAUCGACCUGAAGGACCGUCCAUUCUUUACUGGCUUGGUGAAAUACAUGCACUCAGGGCCAGUGGUUGCCAUGGUCUGGGAGGGGCUGAAUGUUGUGAAGACAGGCCGAGUGAUGCUUGGGGAGACCAACCCAGCGGAUUCCAAACCUGGGACCAUCCGGGGGGACUUUUGUAUCCAAGUUGGCAGGAACAUUAUCCACGGCAGUGACUCUGUGGAGAGUGCGGAGAAGGAGAUCGCCCUGUGGUUCCGGCCCGAGGAGCUCGUAGAUUACAAGAGCUGCGCCCAGAACUGGAUCUAUGAGUGACGAGUGACGUGGAAGCAGCAGACAGUGCUUCUCUCUCUCCGUGUCCUCUCCCUCCCACGGCAGGGGCCAGACCAUAGCCGAUCUGCUUGGUUCUGAGAACUUCCUUGUUAUCUGGGGGGACGCUCUCGGAGCUGCGAGUGUUCCCUGUGCAGUGUUAUAUGCUACCAUUAGAUUAAAAUGUUUCACCCCAACUGGGAUUCAUCGA